UGAUAGAGAAUGAGAUGAGGUGAGUUAGGGGACCCCCCACUCUGGUAUUCUAUAUAUACAGCGGUGAGGACAAUCCGGCUUCAAAAUUGUCCAGUUUGUCGAACAGUGCGUUUAAUUUGUGUUACAUAGAUUAAUUUUUCUACUACCGGUGGUCCAAUCAACAAUGGCAGAUACUCAAGUAACUACAAGCGUAACCGCCCCCACGUGCAUGGAAUCCGUCAACCGAAUCGCCAAACUCCCAGUGAUCGAAAGCUCCCUCCAAGCGGCCACAAACGUGUACGAAAAGGUCAAAGAGUACAACGGAGUGACCCAGUGGACUUGCAACACGGCCGAAACCGUGGUCCACAAGGCCGUAGAGGUGGGCAAACCCAUCGUCCAGGGCCUUGAAGGCCCCAUCAAGAAGGUCGAUGGGGUCCUUUGCACGGGUUUGGACUACGUGGAGACCAAAGUCCCCGCCGUGAAACUCCCCCCUGGCGAGCUCAUUUACCAGAUGUACACCACCACCAAAGACUACGUCAGCAACACGGUGACCCCCGCUGUGGGGGCUGCCUACUCUUAUGUCGAGCCCGCUGUCAAGUCGGCCUACGAGAAGAUCGAACCGGCGGUUCAAACGGCUAAAACCGCCGUUGAACCGGCGGUUGAAAAGGCCAAAACUUUUGUCGAACCGGCUGUCGAGAAGGCCAAGUCCUUCGUGGAGCCGGCUGUGAGUGCGGUGGAAAGUUUGAAGCAAUACGGAAGCCACAAGUUGGAGGAAAUCAGACAGUGCACGAGAGGACACCCUGAAGGCGACUUGGAAUGCGAGGAGUGUCAAGCCGCCGCCAAAAAAAUGGGCGACAAACAUUAGAUUAAGCGUACUUGUAGCUGUAUUUAUAAAUUAAGUGUAAGUUUUGUACUGUGCUCACGUUUUUAAGACUGUUUUAUAUAUUGUAAUAUAUUUAGUCACCGUUUUGUGUUGUAAGUCAGAGUGCAUUUUACGGUAUUGUAAAAUGGCAUUUUUGAGAUUAUAUUGAAAGGGUCAAGGUCUGAAAGAAACGGUGGGAUAUUGUAUUUCUUUAAAUUUUGAAUAAAUAUUUUUACUCUCUA